AUGUCUUCUCCCGGCGACGCCACGGUCCCUGCUACAAGACGCGCGAGAAAAUCUAUUGGGUCACAACAUAUUAUUCGGAAAGCUAGAGAUAAAGAGAAUGCGACAAUCGAUGUUGCCAGCGAGCUGGCUUCCAGUCGCAAAGCGAGAAGCAAAAGUAUAGGGCCGGGUGGUCUGGACAGUCUUAGACCUGGAACAGGAAAUAGGAGAGCAUCUAUUGCCGCACCACGAUCAAUCCUCAAGCCGCGCAUGUCAGCAAUUGCUGAGAUACCUUCACUUAAAUCCGCAAAACGAGCCUCAAUUGGUAGUGAUGAUACAAUACGUCGAAAGUCUCCUCGUAAUUCGAAGAGCGGCGACUUUACUGGAUCUAGGAUUGCUCUACGCACCGAAGAAGAGCAACAAGCAGCAGCGCGUGAACGCGACGAGCAAGACCGCCGAGAUGCCCGUCGCAAGUCGCUCGCAAACCGCAGGGUCUCUUUUGCUGCCGAAGCUACGCUUCACACUUUUCAUGAUAUAGAUAUGCAAGACUCGACUGCCUCCACCGACUACUCAUCCCGCCGAUCAUCCAAUGUCACCGGCGGGCAGCCCCAGGCGACCCCUCAACAGCGACGCAGCUCAGCAGCAAAUGCAACUGGAUAUGAGGAUGAUGAUAGUGUCACUUCGAUUCUUUAUAGCGACGAUUCGGAGCCGGCUGACGGCGUGGAAGAAGUGGAGGAUGCGGAGGAAGAAGAAAUGUCUAAUAGUGACUCCGACGAUGGGACGAUGAUGACGAUUGACACCGAAGAAGUCACUGGAACCACAAUCGCCUCGGAUCGCUCGGCACCAUUUGACAAUGAAUCCUCGACGCUCGAGGAAGCGCUCAGACUUGCCGCUGAACGAGCGGGAACUCAGCGACUUGACGACUACUACGAUAAAGCAGGCGAGGAGGCCGCGGAGGAGGCCGAAGAAGAUGACGAGGAAAUCAUUCCGUCUUUUGGAUGGAUCAAAAAAGACACAAAGAGGCAGAGCAGCUCGGCUGGUCCGACGGCUGCGGCCUCGCGACCCAGUUACUCAAAUACCGAAGAUACUGAGGCUGGGAUGGAGAUGGACAUCACUCACAACAUGGGACGCAUCAUCAGGCCCCAUGAGGUCGGCGGAUCUGAGGACGAGGCGGAAAUGUCGAUGGAUGUUACAAAAGCUUUCGGCGGGAUCUUGCCAGCCCAAUCUCCUGAAAGUAGCCCAAUAAGAGACGUGCCAAAUGAUACACCCCGACGAGAGGAAGCGACAAUGGAGUUCACGACGGCGCUAGGUGGCAUCCGCUCUGCUGCCUAUGAUGAUACGACGGAUGACUGCGCUGGCGACGAAGAAAUGUCCAUGGAGUUCACAAUGGCCAUGGGCGGUGUUCUUGGAAAUAACAAACGCAAAAGUAUUGAUGCCACGCGCCGACGGACUCUGAACGAGCUGGCAGAGGUUGAUGCGACUAUGGAUAUGACAAUUGGCGUUGGUCGCAUUUUAUCGAAUAAAGCUCACCACGACUCUGCAGUUGAGCCUCAAGGCGACGACGACGAAACCAGCGUCGACAUGGAUCUGACAGGAGGCAUGGAUAUGACAGCGGCUAUUGGAGGCAUUUUGAACAGCCAGGGACGGCGCAGCCUUGGCAGACAAAUUAUGGUGGAAGAGGCGGACAAGCCAAACAGUCCAAAGACUGCCAUAUUCAAUGCCAUGUCGAAACAACAACCCAGACGAAGAUCGUCACGCACUGCUCUUUCGGAGAGUCCCAACCUCAGUGCUGGCCUGCUUCCGUUGCGCGGUAAACAGCCAAGCCCAGAAGAACAAAGAACACCACGAACCAACAGGAAGUCAUCUUCUCCAACAAAGCAGCCUACGUUGCAACCUGCCCGAGUACCCCGCAAGUCUCAGAGCCAUAGCCCACAAGCCCCAACAUCUGCCAGAAGGCGAUCAAGCAGACUCUCUCCCGCAAAGUCUCCAACAAGGCAGACCCAGUCUCCCACCAAAUCCACCGCACCGUCGCCGGCCAAGAGUUCAAGCAAUGCAACGCCCGUGCUUCAUCGUAAGCCUGAAUCGGCCAAGAACAGCCCCGCGAACUAUGCUACGCCAGAGACUCGCCGUGUUUCAGGAGUUGGAGCUGAUCGAAGUGGCUUGGGGUCACCACGAAUUGCUGAGGUCUUUGACCGUCGAAGCUCCAUCGGAGACUCUGCAAGCAAGUUCAUACCUGGCAAAAGUUUGGUCACCUUUGAAGACCCCAAAGCGCUAUCCAGAGAGGUGGACGAUGAACGAAGUCGCGACGAAGAGCGCGAGCGCGCGAUCCCAAGAUUUGGCCAGCGACAGGAUGACAAGGAUGCGACUCUCAACUUGAGGGAGAUGAUUGACAGUCUGAGCCCUGGUCGAAAACCACUCAAGGGACGCAAGAGUUUACAUGUUGGCAGCGCCAGAGGCCUCCUUGGUAAACGCCCUGUGGAGCUCGAUGAUGAGGAUGUGGAAGACAAUGACGGUGUUAAGCGCCUCCGUGGUCAUCAAGGCAGUCCUGUUAAGAAUGUUAGACUGCAACAGCCGACAAAAUCGGGUGGAAUUUCUGGAGACAUUUUUGGGUUCCGCGGUAAGAUGACUGCUCCAGAACUCCACCAAAGUCUUUCAUCCCCAUUGAAGGCUACACACGCGACCUCGCCCCGAGAAGACGCACUGUAUAGGAAAGAGAACCAUACGGUGCAUGGGACAAAUAUCGACUCGACCGAGAAAAACCACACAGAGGAAAACGACGAAGAACGAAUUCAUCUGCAAGAUUUCCUCAACUUGAUUUCUGUUCGCUUCAUGGAAUUACAAACGACGAAGCGACGCCACACCACCGCUCCUGGAACUUUACAAGACGGCACUACUGCUAAUGGCGAGGAUGAUAUGUCAUUGGAGCGCUGCGUAGUAGCGAGUGCCUGCACUGUGCCAAUGCUUGAGCUCUAUCAACAUUCGUGCCGCGAACUAAAAAAAUACAUAGCAGAAGGGCGGCGAAUGGUAAAGGAGAUCGAGGCAGAUACUCUUGAAGAUAACCCAGCGUUAUUCCGAGAAUACCUCACCGCAGCGCCGGAUGUCAAGGCAUUGAUGAAUAACCAAUUCAAGAACGUCAAGACGCAUUCCCGUCUUCUAAGUAAAGCCAUGUGGUAUGAGUGGAGAAUGAAACUCCAAGAAGGGCUCAGAGAAGGCCUUGUCAAGAUCUCCAGUGACAUGGAUGGAGACUGCCAAGCCCUGAAAGAACAAAUGGACAUAUUGGAAUCGGUGUUGCCCGGACUCACAAGUACCUAUGAAGCGCUGGAGGAAGAACACGGCACCUUGGAGGAAGCGGCCCAAGAGAUCGCCGAUUGCGACCCCGAAGAACUCAGCUCGGCCCGCCAGGAACUCGUUUCUCUGGAUGCCGACAUUGAAGCGAAGAAGGGGCAAAUCGCUGAGCUACGACUGCAGCUGCAGGCUGCGCAAACGAGUAGCGAAUCAUUGUCGACCAAGAAGGCCAGCUGUUUAGCCGACAUAGCCCAAUCAGAGAAGAUAAGAGAAAAUUGCCGGGGCUGGAGUAGCGCAGAAGUCAAUAGUCUCAAAGGGCGGGCGGAGGCACUGGAGAAGAAGGUUGGAUGGGCAGUGACUGGGGUUCAUGGGACGAGCCUGUCCAUGACAUACAGGCGCGAGAUUGAGAUUGUCUUUGACGUAACAUCAUUUCAACCUGGAGGAGCCAACUCGCAGAUUGACUUGUGGUAUAUUGCCGAUGGCCGAGAAAAAGACCCUCUCCCUCGAACGGUUGAGAAAGACUUCUUUCUGCAGUGUAUUCGGGACUACAUACGAGCACUGCAGCAGAGCACGACGACGAUUUCGGGGCUGCUCAACAUCGUGCAACAGUCGUGGAACCGAGCGACUCGGCUCUCGUCUCAGAUACGGCGCGUCAACUCGACAUUCCCUACACAGGUGCGCAAGACAUCUGAUUCGAGCAUUGAGGUGGUAACCUCGAUGCUGGUGGUGCCUUUCCGCACAAGGGUACAAGUGACUUUGGAACUCCAGAACCAGAACCUGACCAAGGGGCUGGACAUGGAUAUAGCAUCGUCAGUGGCAGUUGUGUAUGGAGAAAAUUUCAAAGUCACCAAGAUCGGGGACUUCUUGGCAUCGAAGAUUGGACGGCAAAUAGGGACGAUGGAUGAGAACUGGAGCGAUAUCUUCGUCGAGUUGCACCGGCGGUUACUGGCUCGAGGGCGGAAGUAG